UGCAGUCGCGCUGUUGCUAUUAUAUUCGCUUUACAGAUUUAAUGUUGUCAAUUGGAGGCGUUCAAAAAAUGUUUUCACUUUCUCGCUACGCACCGUGGCUACGAAAUUUCGCACUUAUUGCUAGCAAAAAGCACAGGUACAACUUGAUUCACUUGAAAAGCGGAGUUAUUGCUGUCGCUGCACUACCUUACGUGCGUGCAUUUUCGGAUUCACGUCAAAGCAGCGACGACAACGGCGACGGCAACACUAAGAACACAAAUUCCAACAGAUUUAAAGCAAACAUGGAGAAUAAAAGUGAAAAGGUUACCGUAAACAAGGAGGAGUUGCGGAAACGUCUAACGCCGCUACAAUAUCAGGUUACACAAGAGGCGGGCACUGAGCGCCCCUUCACAGGCUGUUAUAACAAGCACUACGAGAAGGGCGUAUAUCAAUGUAUUGUCUGUCAUCAGGAUCUGUUUAGCUCGGAUACCAAAUACGAUUCGGGCUGCGGUUGGCCAGCUUUCAACGAUGUGCUCGAUAAGGGCAAAGUCACAUUGCAUCGAGAUGCCAGUAUACCAGGGGGCAAUAUUUUACUACUAAUUGCACAUCCAGAACGUAUACGCACCGAGGUACGAUGCGCCCGUUGCAAUGCCCACAUGGGACACGUGUUCGAGGAUGGACCAAAACCCACACGCAAGCGCUACUGCAUCAACUCAGCGUCAAUUGAGUUUGUUCAAUCGGAGCCAAACCCGUUGACGACGACGUCGGCGCAAGCCUUAAGCCCACAGGGCACACCAAUUGCGCAACAAUGAGAAUGAAAGUGACUGGAAAGAACGAGUGGGAUGGAACAAUCAACGAAUACGAAACAAGUGCGAAAGAGUCUAACCUCAAUGUUGCUGUUAAGAGUUUUUACACGUAUUUUCUAACUUUCCGUAAAUGUGGCCAAUAAUUCUUAGCAUAGUUCAUUGAUAUAUUGUAUUGUAUUGAUAAAUGGGCAGCUAUUCAUAUGAAUUAUUUACAUGAAGCAAACAAAAAACAAAACAAAGAAUUAUAUGAAUAACAUAUUCCCGUCUGUCUGUGUAAAUAGCUAAAUGU